UUGUGGCUUCCUAUGACAUCUCGGCGCCCAUGAUGGCGUGCAUGUCGCGCGUGUGGCAGCGGAGCUCCGGGUUUGCCGCGCGGCUCCGAAAGCGAGACUGGAUGUGCAAGUCGGCGAGUCUUUCAGUCAGAUACUACAGCACCAAGACGGCUCCUCAGAUACCGGGAAUGGAGUACCAGGAUGCCGUUUGCACCCUGAACACGCUACAGACCAAUGCCAGCUCUCUGGAGCAGGUCCGUCGAGAGCGGAGUCACCCUCAGCUGCAGCUGCAGGCGAUGAGAGGCUUCCUGGAGAGAGCCGGCCUCACGGUGGAGGAGCUAGACCAUCUCAAUAUCAUUCAUGUAACCGGAACAAAGGGCAAGGGGUCCACAUGUGCUUUCACUGAGCAGAUUCUGCGAAGUUAUGGUUUCCGCACAGGAUUUUACAGUUCCCCACAUCUGGUACAAGUCAGAGAGAGGAUUCGAAUCAACGGACAACCCAUAGGAAAAGAGCUCUUUACUAAAUACUUCUGGCAAGUUUACGGACGUCUGGAUGAAACUAAGGAUGCUCAUGGAGGAACAAUGCCAGCAUACUUCCGCUUCCUCACCAUCUUGGCCUUCCAUGUCUUCCUUCAGGAGAAGGUGGACUUGGCGGUAAUUGAAGUUGGUAUUGGUGGAGCAUAUGACUGCACCAACAUCAUAAGGAGGCCAUGGGUGUGUGGCAUCUCCUCCCUCGGCAUAGACCACACUCAGAUUCUUGGAGACACCAUUGAAAAAAUCGCAUGGCAAAAGGGAGGCAUCUUCAAGCCAGGGGUCCCAGCCUUCACGGUCAGACAGCCAGAAGAUGCACUGGCUAUACUCAGGGACAGGGCCAAAGAGAUCAGAUGUCCUUUGCGGGUGUGUCCAGAGCUGGACGAUUACCAGGCAGACUGUGGACCCCUGCGUCUGGGCCUGGCAGGGCAGCACCAGCACUCCAACGCCUCCCUGGCCCUCCAGUUGAGCCACACUUGGCUGCAGAAAAGAUGUCUACCAGAUAAAAGCUUUCCCUCCACCAGUGUUGAGAACUCUGGUCUACUUAAGGCGGCUUCCUUCAAGCCCAGCCCCAUCAUGGUGAAAGGGCUGGCAGACACGGAGUGGCCCGGCAGGAAUCAGACUCUGAAACAUGGAGCGGUCACCUACUUCUUGGAUGGAGCUCACACUAUGCGCAGUAUGCAGGCCUGUGUACACUGGUUCAGAGAGACUGCAGCCCAGCAUGAAAGGAAUGCAAGUGGACCUGUGGCCAGGGUGUUGCUGUUUAAUGCUACAGGGGAGAGAGACUCUGCAGCCAUGCUGAAAGCACUAGUGCCGUGUCAUUUCGACUUUGCUGUGUUCUGCCCAAACAUCACUGAAGCCAUUGCUUCCUGUAAUGCAGACCAGCAGAACUUCAACGUUUCAGUUGAGCACAUGCUGACUCGCUGCUUGGACAACGAGAGGAGCUGGCGUCUUCACAACAGUCUGGGGGAUAACAAAGACACACAGCUGCUCAUCAAGGGCAGCCUGCCACUGGUCCCUGAGAAGAAAGCAGACACCCUGGUGUUCCCCUGCAUCCUCAGUGCCCUCCAGUGGAUCACUCAGGGCAGAGAUUCAGCACUGGCACACCCUACCAAGACAGUCUUCCCAGUUAAACCCAGUGUCAUGGCCAAAGCUGCUCCUCUCUGUGAAGCAGCUGAGAUCCACGUCCUCAUCACUGGAAGCCUCCAUCUGGUAGGAGGUGUUCUCAAACACUUGGACCCAGCUACUUCAAAGUAAACAGGACCAUGUGAAAUAUUUGAUUACAGACCGUGUAAAUAACAGAUGGAAUGCUAAUCUGCUUGCGUACAUUUACCUGUAAUGGGGAGAAUAAUUUCCGUCUGUACAGUUGAUGUUUUUGUGCUAUUAGCUGUUCAGACAGUGACUUUAGGUCUUGAAUGGGAUUAGCUGCACCCAGUUAUUGCUGUUGUCUUGGUAGGUUCUCAGCUAUGACUGACGCUAAGAACAGCUAAUUUGGACCAAGGCAGCUCCAAUUUCACCCAGAGCCUUACUGAGAAGCACACAAAUGUGUGGAUCUCUUGUCUUUAGUCUUACUUGAAGCCAAUGUGUUUACAUGACCGGCAGACAGUACAUCCAUGUACGCCAUAAUGUGAGCGGAAUUUAUCAGACUGAGAGUCUGUAUGUGUGCUUCAGUUAUCACUGAUGUCCUUUGGUUGAACCUGAGUAGUGAGGUGUCUAUUAUAUUACGUUUGUAAAAAAGCUGCACAUCAAUAGGUAUCGGUUGUGAGUUUUCUGGUUCUUACCAUUUCUAUUUGGUUCACUUGACUCUUAUCUUUCACACUUGUUUUUAAAUGAAAACAAUUUUGCACGCUUUCUACUUUUAUGUUGUCACUAUUUGUCAGUGUGCUUCACACACAUGGCCUAUUCAUCACUUUGUUGUGUACAUAUUUCUAACACUAGUGUUGGCAUCAGAUGGGUUAAGAGAACUGGCAGUCAAAUGCAGUGUAAUCUGUUGUACACUGGAAUUCUAGUCUUAUUUAAAUGGGCCUUAAUUUAACUUUGCAUUAUCUGACAGUUAUACAUGCAGUUGUUGUAUGUAUGUUUAUUGAUGAGCUACUGGACUUGCAUUAAAUGUUGUCAUAACGAUGUAUCCAGAGAAUCUGACAGGUCAUCACCUUCACAAGAACCUCAGCCACAGAACCAAAUAAACAACACUGACCUAUUUUAAUAUUCACACGGACACAUCAAGACAUAAAAUGCACUUAAAUUAAAUUGUAAAUUGUGAAGAUGAAAUUUGCUCAAAUCUUAGGUCAGUUAAAUAAUAUAGAUACAGUUAUUGUGUCAAUCAUUGUUUUGAACAUUUCUUUGUCUCCUCUGUCAGCCCAAACCUGAUAGUGUGUUUAACAAGUGUAGACACUGUCUAUAUCUGUUCAUUGUCAUCAAUAAAUGUCUUUCCACAACGCA